GCGGCGGGAUGGAGGCCGGCUCCCCGGGCCGGUGCGGGGCUCCGCCGGAGGAGGAGCGGGACAUGGAGGAGGGGGAGGGAGGGAAGGAGGAGGAGGAGAAGCAGGACGACGACGAAGGGGAGCAAGAGCAGGAGGAGGAUGAGGAGGAGACGCUGCCGCACGCCGAGGUGGUGGACGUGUUCCAGGAGGGCCUGGCCAUGAUCGUGCAGGACCCGCUGCUCUGCGAUCUGCCCAUCCAGGUCACCCUGGAAGAGAUCAAUUCUCAGAUCGCGCUGGAGUAUGGACAGGCGAUGACCGUCCGCGUGUGCAAGGUGGACGAGGAAGUGAUCCCUGUCGUGGUGGUGCAGAACGCCACCGUGCUGGACCUGAAGAAAGCCAUCCAGCGAUCCGUGCAGCUCCGCCAGGAGAGAGAAGGGGGCACCCAGCACAUCAGCUGGUCUUACGUGUGGCGAACCUACCAUCUAACCUUUGCCGGAGAGAAGCUCACGGAAGAUGGGAAGAAACUUAGAGAGUACGGCAUCCGGAACCGUGACCAAGUUACCUUCAGCAAAAAACUGAGGAACAAAUGAACAGUUUGCUACCCCGCAGUUUCUCUUCAGCUCUUUCUGGCCGCCCGGGCUGAAGCGGAUGAGUAGCCGUGGCUUUGGCUCCCCGGGAGCGUCUGGCCGAGAGCUUUCCGGCGGUGGCGGCGGCUUGGAGGAGCGCCUCGGUGCAGGGCACCAAGCAGCAAAGGGGACAGUGAAGGGGCCACUUGCCCCCUGUUCUGUCCACCGAGUGGUCCCGGCGCGACUUGGAGCCCUUUAGCCACAUCCCGGCCUGCUGCUCUCCUGCACCACGCCGGGCCCAGCUGGGGCCCAUCUCACCGGCAGCCACCCUGUCUGCAUCUCUGACUUUCUCUGAACCCGGCUCAAGGGGCCGGCGCCGGCUGGGACUCCCGGGCUGCCCCGGGUCACGUGUGUGGCAAGAGAUGAUGGGAAGGUGCCUGCUACUAGGAAAAUAAAGCCUCCACUCAAACACAAA